AUGUCUGCUUCUCCCGCUGCUGCUGACGAGAAGCACAGCGAUGACGAGGAGGGCACCAACGCAUGUGGCUGUGAGGCACCUAGACCACCACUGCCUGAGUAUGCCGUACCGUGCGAGUCCCUCGACGCUGUGCUGCGCGAGGAGGCCCACGCACGCAUACAGCGCCGCCAGGCGCAGCAACAACACGGUGCGGCGACAGCAGCGGUGAGUGACGAUACCCUUCUGCAUUCCUCUGCGUUCAAUACGCCGAGCUUUAUCCCCAUUGACACAAGGCCGCGAGAGCUGUUCAUGGCCAACGAUGCGGUGGUGUCGGGCAUUCGUGAAGGACUGCUGAAGGAGCGGCAGGAGGCAGAUGCUGCCGCAGCGGCGAUGGAGGAGGCGCAGCUAGCCGCGCUGGAGCUUAAAUGUAUGCUAAUGCUCGCCAAGCCCUGA